AUGGCUCCCGCCGCUGCACACCCCACCGCCGGGCAGGUCAAGUCCGAGAACGCGAAGAGCGUCAAGGUCCUGGAGGAGCUCCUUGCGAAGCUCAGCGUCUCCAAGGAGCAGGAUGAGAUCCUCUCCACCUCCCACGACCUCGCCACCUUCAUCAACGGCGACAUUGAGGAGGGCGAUGCCCCCACUCAGGCCGUCGCUCUGCUGAAGAAGCAGCUCUCCAACAAGAAGGAUGCCAACGCCAGGGAACGCGCCCUCGAUGCCAUCAAGGCCAUCGCCUCGCACUCGACCGUCUCUCCUGCCGUCGAGCCCUACCUCGUUGCCCUUCUGCCCGCCACUCUUGCCGCCAUCGGCGACAAGAUGGUCCCCGUCAAGAACGCUGCCCAGGCUGCUGCCCAGGCCAUUGUCGAGGCCACCAACGCCAACGCCGUCAAGGCCGUCAUCCCCGCCAUCAUCGACUCCCUCCACACUGCCCAGAAGUGGCCCGAAAAGAUGACCGACCUGCAGUGCAUUGAGAUCCUCGCCGAGAGGUCCCGCGCUCAGCUGGGCUACCGCGUCCCCGAGCUCAUCCCCGUCGUCUCCGAGGCCAUGUGGGACACCAAGGCUGAGGUCAAGAAGGCUGCCUACGGCACCAUGGAGAAGCUCUGCGAGCUCAUCUCCAACAAGGAUAUCGAGCGCUUCAUUCCGGAGCUGAUCAAGUGUAUCGCCAAGCCUGAGAACGUCCCCGAGACCGUUCACUUGCUCGGUGCCACCACCUUCGUCUCCGACGUCCACGAGCCUACCCUCGCCAUCAUGGUCCCUCUGCUUGAGCGUGGUCUUGUCGAGCGUGAGACUGCCAUCAAGCGUAAGUCGGCCGUCAUCAUCGACAACAUGUGCAAGCUUGUCGAGGACCCCAACAUCGUCGCCUCCUUCUUGCCCCGCCUGUACCCGGCUCUCAAGAAGAACUACGACACUCUCGCCGACCCUGAGGCCCGUGAGAAGACCAAGCAGGCCAUCGACACCCUGUGCCGUGUUGGUAACAUCGUCGAUGACAAGCUUCCCGAGCGCUCCCGUGCCGGUGACGUCUCCACCAUCCUCCCCGUCCUCAAGAGCGUCCUCGGCGACAAGGGCAACAACGCCAAGUUCGAGCCCAUCUACGAGUACAUUGCCGCCAUUGCCGGUCAGCUCAUCGACGAGAAGGAGCAGGAGUCCGCUGUCUGGGCUGCCAACGCCACUGCCUACUUCAACGCCAUCGUUGGUGAGGAGAAGGCCAAGGACGUCGCCGAUAGCCUCCGCAAGAAGACUCUUCCCGGCUUCACUGAGGCUGAUGAGGUUCCUUCUGACGAGGAGGAGGGUGAGGACCUGUGCAACUGCACUUUCUCCCUGGCCUACGGUGCCAAGAUCCUGCUCAACCAGACUCACCUUCGUCUGAAGCGUGGUCAGCGUUACGGUCUGCUCGGCCCCAACGGUUCCGGCAAGACCACCCUGAUGCGCGCCAUCAACAACGAGCAGCUUGAGGGUUUCCCCAAGCAGUCCGAGGUCAAGACCGUCUACGUCGAGCACGACCUUGACUCCGCCGACACUGAGCAGACUGUCAUUGGCUGGACCAUGAAGAAGCUCGAGUCCGCUGGUGUCACCAAGCCCCAGCCUGAGGUCGAGAACACCCUCGAGGAGUUCGGCUUCGUUCGCAGCCAGCUCGAUGGCCCCAUCACCGCCCUCUCUGGUGGUUGGAAGAUGAAGCUGGCUCUUGCCCGUGCCGUCUUCGAGGAGCCCGAUAUUCUUCUGCUUGACGAGCCCACCAACCACUUGGACGUCAAGAACGUUGCUUGGCUCGAGAACUACCUCACCACCUCCCCUUGCACCUCCAUCAUCAUCUCCCACGACUCCAAGUUCUUGGACAACGUCAUCCAGCACGUUAUCCACUACGAGCGCUUCAAGCUCAAGCGUUACCGUGGUAACCUCUCUGAGUUCGUCAAGAGGGUUCCCUCUGCCAAGUCUUACUACGAGCUCGGUGCCUCCGAGAUGGAGUUCAAGUUCCCUGAGCCCGGUUUCCUCGAGGGUGUCAAGACCAAGGCCAAGGCUAUUGUCCGUGUCAGCAACAUGACCUUCCAGUACCCCGGUACCUCCAAGCCCCAGAUCUCCGACAUCACCUUCCAGUGCUCUCUCGGCUCCCGUAUUGCCGUCAUUGGUCCCAACGGUGCUGGCAAGUCUACUCUCGUCAACGUUCUGACUGGUGAGCUCAUCCCCACUUCGGGUGAUGUCUACCACCACGAGAACAUCCGUAUUGCCUACAUCAAGCAGCACGCCUUCGCCCACAUCGACCACCACUUGGACAGCACUCCCUCCGAGUACAUCCAGUGGCGUUUCCAGACUGGUGAGGACCGUGAGACCAUGGACCGUGCCAACAAGCAGAUCACCGAGGAUGAUGAGAAGGCCAUGGACAAGAUCUUCAAGAUCGAGGGUACUCAGCGCAAGGUCAUCGGCAUCCACUCCCGCAGAAAGUUCAAGAACAGCUACGAGUACGAGUGCUCGUUCGCUCUCGGCGAGAACGUCGGCAUGAAGAACGAGCGCUGGACUCCCAUGAUGACUGCUGACAACGCCUGGAUCCCCCGUAACGAGAUCAUUGCCUCUCACUCCAAGAUGGUCGCCGAGGUUGACCAGAAGGAGGCUCUUGCCAGCGGUCAGUUCCGUCCUCUGGUCCGUAAGGAGAUUGAGGCCCACUGCGCCAACUUCGGUCUGGACGCUGAGCUCGUCUCCCACUCCCGCAUGCGCGGUCUGUCCGGUGGUCAGCGUGUCAAGGUCGUCCUUGCCGCUUGCUCGUGGCAGCGUCCCCACUUGAUCGUCCUUGACGAGCCCACCAACUACCUUGACCGUGACUCUCUUGGUGCUCUGUCCAAGGCCAUCAAGUCUUUCGAGGGUGGUGUCAUCAUCAUUACUCACUCUGCUGAGUUCACCAAGGACCUCACUGAGGAAGUCUGGGCUGUCAUGGACGGCAAGAUGACUCCUUCCGGCCACAACUGGGUGACUGGUCAGGGCUCUGGUCCUCGUCUGGCCGAGAAGGGCGAUGAGGAGGACAAGUUCGACGCCAUGGGUAACAAGAUUGAGGGCACCAAGAAGAAGGUCAAGCUUUCUUCUUCUGAGCUCCGCAAGAAGAAGAAGGAGAGGAUGGCCCGCCGCAAGCGUGGUGAGGAGGUCUUCUCUGACGAGGACGAGUAG